UUUCGAGAGUGACGGUCGGUAUUCUCUGAAAGCUCUGGAUUUACUUAGGGUCUCUUGCGGUUUAGAACUGUUAACUUAUAGGUGUAACUGCUAUUAGUGAACUGUCUUACUACCUGGGUUUAUGAGUGCGUACUAGAUUGUUGCUUCUAAUAAGUGUUUUUUGUUAAGAUCACCAAAAUAUACAUAUAUAUAUAUACAUUCAUUCAUAAUUUAAUAUAGUGGGUUUAUUGAUGAAAUAAUCCUCUCGGAUUUUCUGGUUCCUUUUUUUUUUGUUUUUGUUUUGGGCUGUUGGAUUGCUUGGUUACUCAGUACAAUUAAAGAACAUAUUCUUUCUUUCUUCUCUUGUUUUGACUUUAAAAUAACAUCAUAUAUCUUUUCUAAACAAACGUUCAUACGUCGUGAAUCAUGGUUGAAUUAGAUGACCAAACUUGUUUUGAAAAACUUGUCCACUAUAGAAAUGCACAACACUGGUUCUGCUCUGGAUUACUUGACGAAUAUCUUCGUCCAGUCUUCUUGUGGAUGGCUAAAGAGCCUUCUCCAUGCUUUGAAUGGGUAUUGAAAUGUUACAACGAGCGGCUGUGCGGUUGUACCUCUUGCAUUCAGUCGUUCUAUAAUUUGCGAGACGAAGCGUUGGCUAAAUAUUCGUACGCUUACUCUGGAGCUUCUAUGGCAAACCUCGAAAGACGAUGGGAUGACUGGAUGGUUGAUACUACACUUUCCAACUUUAAAAACGUGGAAGAAACGACACUUGAUUUCACUGCUCUUCCCUCUUUGGUGUAUAAUGUCUUCCUUAAUCCGGGUCUUAUGAGAAACCAAGAGGUAUACCGUCAAGCAUUAAGUGGAUUUGUUGAUCUUGUUUCCGACUGGUCUUCUGACACUUUCCUCCCUGGGUUUCUUGUCAUAUUUUUCGAAGAGUCUUACUCCGAAGUUCAUGAAUAUGUUAUCAAUUAUCUCAAAAGGAAUGAAAAUCUUCAUCUGACCUCUGAAGCUUUUGACGACGUCUUCUCUAUAAUUUUGUAUCAACAAAGCGAUGAAGAGAGUUCUUCCCUUCUUUCACCCUGUACUUCUGAUUUCUGGAAUCGCGCUUCUACACUUUUUCAGUUACUUCCUCUUAACUGUGUGACAAACCUAUGUGAAUCCCACUUUCGCGAUUUUUUUAUCUCCGAACUUGAUAAUGAGGCUUUUUCCAGUGAGAAGUUCGCUUGUUUGAGAGUAUUUACUAAUUCCCCUUCUUUUUGGUUUGCAUCUGACAACUUUGAUCAAUUAGAGGGAUAUCUUCAAAAAUUGUUGACGCAUGUUACAAUUGUCGACGGUGUUAACGCUUCAUCUUGUGGAUGGGCUUACGUGUUGGCUUCAUUAUUCAGAUUUUGUUUGAAUGAUUUCAUCUUAAUCUUCCCUUCUUGGCUAAAAACUUUUAUUAAUGACAACAAAGUCGUUGAUUUUAUUAUCUAUGCUUCAUUUUAUGCGUUAUUCGAUCUAUUAACAUUAGACAAUAGCUCUCCUCAUUCCCUAAAUGAAGUUUUGCUAUUGAUUGACAGAAAAAAUAUCAAUUUGUUUAGUGAAGAAUCGGAUUACUUGAAUAAUCUUAAAUUUCGAUCCCUACUAUAUGAUAUUUUAUUCAUCAGUUGGGCUCACAAAGCUCUUACUAAAGAUUCAUCCUUUAUUUUUGAUCCAACUUAUAAGGUGUCUCCAUUUUGGAAUUCGGUCGAUAUUAAGGAUGUAAAUUAUAUGAAUCGAUUCUUUGAAGGUUUGUCAUCCUGUUAUUUUGUUCAUGACAUUGAAAUAUCUGAAACGACAACGUCUGAAAAGUCUGUUGUUUUGUUCUCUGAAAUUUGGCAAACUUUAUCAAGUAACAUAAGCUCAUUCUUACAGUCAUUUUCAGAAAGGGACCCUUCGGAAAUAACCAGCUACAUGCAAAAUGAUUUGAUUUUUGAUACCCUUUUAGGACUCUUGUUAUCACCAUCUCAGCAACUUUAUGCUGACGCAUUCCGUAUAUUCCAAUCUUUCUUUGGAAAAGUAAAAAACAAGAAUGAAGUAAUGAAGAAGCUAGUUGAAAACCAUUUUGUUGGUAUUGUUCAUGGCUUGGUUGAUGCAACUCUUCAUUGGCAGUCGGCUCUCACUUUUUUCCCUGCGCUUCGAAUUAUGCGUUUUGUCAGUACUGUUAACAAAAUCUUCUCAACUGAUAACAAAAUCUGGAGCGAGAAUGAUUUAUCAAGUUUAGGUGCUUAUUGGCAAUGUAUUUGGAAUGUUUUAGACCUUGUUCACUCGAACGUCGCAAGGUGGUCUUUAUAUAAUUCAAAUGAUACUGUUAAACUAUCAAUGAAGUUAGCCUUAAAAUUAAGCACCGAUUUGUUUCAAAAUGAUGGACUUUUCAUCAAGUUCCUUGCAAAGUUUGAUGGUUUAGUCUUACUUGGUGAAACAAGUGAUGCUCUAUUUUCGUUAACCACUUGGCUUAAAAUCAAUGAUUUGGAAUUGAGAGAGCAAGUCAUCGAUACUUUGUGCAUGCUCUUUGUUAAAUACUCAAACUUUGAUUAUCUAUUUGAAGAUCGCACUAUUAAUUUCUUGACCGAGUUUAUAAUUAAAAAGCAGAAAGCACAUUUAUCGGCUGACCAAUGCAAACGCCUCGCCGAGGUGAUUGUUCAAGCUAGUCCUGAGGCUAAAAGUAUAUUGGAUGAAAACCGUCUUGCGGAAGCUCGCAAGACUAAAAAGCAAACCGAAUUGGUUAGUGGUAGCCAGUUUAAUAAAAAAGUUGAACCGCCAAAGAAGGAAAAGACUCAAAUUGUCGCUGCAUCAACUGACAAGAAAGCUCCUACUCCUAGAAUGAAAAUGUUGGAUCAACUACGACAAGAGUACAUUGCUCGUCGCGCUGGUCAUUAUGCUGCUCGAGAUGCAGCUGUAUCUUCCAGAAAAACAACUUUUGAAAACCAAAAGCCCCCAACUAAUUUAUUGACUGAGCAAGAUUCCGACAAUGAAGAAGUCGAUGAGAGUGAUAGGAAAGAAGGAUUAUUUUCAUUAGCUAAGGCUAACAAGGUACCUGAGAUUCGUCAAACGGAACGUAGACAAAUACAGCUUUUGUCUACUCCCAAAAACCAAUUGCACCCAUCUCAGGCACGAAUAUUAUCCAAUCGAAAUGCAGCUAAUACAAAGGCUCGUCUAUUUCCUAACAUGUCUGAUUUCUAUAGCGAAAUCUUAACAUGGAAUCCCAGUUAUGAAGCUGCUUCUCCUAUCCUGAAGUAUCAUACGUCUGAAGGAAAAAUUGCUGAUACAUUUAGAAGUAUUGACCAGUAUAUGGACGUUCUUCAGCCUAUGAUUUUCAUGGAAUGUUGGAGUCAAAUCCAGGCUACCAAAAAGAAUUUGAAAUUUUCUCCUGUAGAAGGUAUCAUGAUUCAGAGAACGGCUGUGAAUAACUUUGUUGAUAUUGGAAUUUCAGUAGCACCUAAAGACCUUUAUGGUUAUCCGCUCUUUGAUACUGAAAUUGUCUCUCUAGCUUUUUCAAAAGAAGAAGCACAUUCCAUGAAAGGUCUCUGUUGUUUUGCUAAAAUUGAAAAAAUUGUUCGACAAGAAAAUGGAACUCUUGUAAUUGUGAGGACUCUACCGAAAUUGGAAAUGUUGAACAAACUUCAAGGAAAUGUACCUUUGUAUUUUUUGAAAUUAACGAACCUGUCAACGUUCACCAGACAGUACGCUGCAAUUCGAGGAUUACCUUAUUAUCAUAUGGCUGAUGACAUUGUGCAGGCAAAGCCUUGUUCACAACCUAUUAAACAUUCUCCUAGUGAAAUUCAAGGAGCCAUGACUCGUUACCAAGUUAACUCUCCACAAGCUCAAGCAAUUUUGUCUUCCCUGGACAACAGCGGCUUUACUUUGAUUCAAGGUCCUCCUGGUACGGGUAAAACAAAGACAAUUAUCGGUAUCAUUACAGCAUUGUUAGUGGAUCUAAAUCGAUAUCACAUUUCUCGGCCCGGUGGUCAAAGUAGUAGUACUGAGCCUAAACAACAGAUGUUGCUAUGUGCUCCCAGUAAUGCUGCUGUUGAUGAAGUAUUGCUUCGGUUAAAGCGCGGUUUCACUCUUAGUAAUGGAGAACAUUACGUCCCGAAAGUCGUUCGUAUUGGUAACCCUGAAACAAUAAAUGUUGCUGUUCGGGAUACUUCGUUAGAAUAUCAGACUGAAAAACAACUUCUUGAAGUUAACCAAGGAGCAGUAGAUCUCGGAUCUCUUCAGGAACUCACACGUUGGCGUGAUGUUUUCUAUAAUUGUAUUCAGAAGAUAGAGGAUCUCGAAAAGCAAAUAGACGUUGCAAGAGAUAUGGAAGAAGAUACUAAGGCUUUGGGACAAGAUUUGCAGAACAGUAUUAAUGAGAAGAACUUAGCAGAACAAAAAAUUGAGGAGUUCCAAAGCCAGAGUUUUACAAAAAACAAAGAAGUUGAUCAUUUGCGCAAAAAGGCUCAAAAAGCGAUUUUAAAACAAGCAGACGUUGUUUGUGCUACUUUAUCUGGUAGUGGUCAUGACCUGGUUGCACACAGUUUUCUCAAUUUCUCGACUGUUAUCAUUGAUGAAGCAGCUCAAGCCGUGGAACUGGAUACUAUUAUACCCUUACGUUACGGUGCUAAAAAGUGUAUACUGGUUGGUGAUCCUAAUCAAUUACCACCAACAGUUUUGAACCAAAAGGCAGCCAGCUAUAAUUACUCUCAAUCACUCUUUGUUCGUAUUCAGAAACUUCAUUCCGAACAGAUGUGCUUGUUAAGUAUUCAAUAUCGUAUGCAUCCCCAUAUCAGUUAUUUCCCUAGUAUGAAAUUCUACGAUUCUCGCCUAAAAGAUGGAGAAGGAAUGGCUGAAAAGACGAAGCAAGUCUGGCAUUCAAAUAGUCAAUUUGAUCAGUACCGAUUGUUUGAUAUACGUGGUCAAGAAAGAAUAUCUACAACAUCAUCUUCAUACAAUAUUGAAGAAGUCGGAUAUGUUGUACAGAUGUAUGAAAAACUGGUUGCAUCAUUUCCGGAUGUCAAUUUUACGGGUAGAAUUGGUGUCAUUACACCAUAUCGCCAACAGUUGCAUGAGUUGCGCAAGGCAUUCAAGGAAAAAUUUGGAAAAACUAUUAUGUCCUCUGUUGAUAUUCAAACCGUGGAUGGUUUCCAGGGUCAGGAAAAAGAUAUUAUUAUAUUUUCUUGUGUUAAAAGUUAUUCUAAAUACUCAAUUGGUUUCUUAAGAGAUUUUCGUCGUCUUAAUGUUGCCUUGACUCGUGCAAGGAGUUCACUCUUUAUUGUCGGAAACUUGGAAACUCUUAAGACAGAUGAUCUGUGGGGAAGUUUGGUUGACGACGCCCUGCAACGUAAAUUAGUUGAGAGUCCUCAUUUGGGCCCUGAUGGACAAUUAAUUCUGGUUAGAAAUCCUAGCGAGAAGCGCUCCAAACCAAAAGAUUUUGAGGAAUCUCCAGGAAAAAAACCAGCCAAUUCAGACGACGUUCCUGAAUCAUCAGGAUAAAGUCGCUAUAGGAGUGAAAGAUCCUAUAUAUCGCAUACGGUACUUGCUUACUGCUCUGAGAGUUCUGAACAAAUACGUUGGCACUAUGCUGUUCAACUUGGACCGUGAAAAAUUAGUAGAUUUUUUCUACAUAGACUUAGACAAAUAGACCAAUUUAUAACAUUUACGAUUACUAUGGACAAAAUGUGUGUUUAAAAAAAUAUUAACAAUUUCAAUCGUG